AUGAGAGGCCGGGUUCAGGGGUCCCGUCAUCGCACCAUGAAGCAGACCAUGGGGAACCACACAGUACGUUCAGGCAGUGCGAUGGCGUCCUAUCCUCCAUCUUGUUCUAACGCUCCGUCGUCUCAGGGCAUGAACAUGGCGUCGAGUAUCGCUAACCUCCGACUGAAGGCCAAAGAGUACAGCCUCAACCAGGUCCCCACCGUCAACUAG